CCGUAACUCCACCCAUGACAGAGACUUCACAUGUAACUAACUGCAAAUUCCACAAAAUUGUAGCUCAAACAACCUGCAAGAAUGGCUUGGGACGUGUACUCUACGAGCGUUUACCUAAUCAGCAACUGCAAGGCUAUGACGAUGAUGUUGUACGCGAUACAGCACCACCUUUUCGUGUGUUAGAGAAAUGUCAAGAUCUCUGCCUACGCGAUCGUACCGGUACAAAUAAUUUAGUGCGCACAUGUACUAGUUUCGACUUUCAGCCAGGCAGUCGCAUUACAUCGUUUGGCGGUAAUGAGUACGAAGAAUCGCUUUGUUACCUAACAUCCGAGCAAGCCGGACCUGAGGGUAUCGGUAGCUUAAUGCUGGUGCCAAACAGUGUACACUUCAAUGAAAUUUGUUUGACAUCCAGUCGUCCUGAAAGAGAAUGCCCGAGUCGUCGUUACGUCUUUGAGCGCCAUCCACGCAAAAAAUUGAAACUGCCCAUUUCGGACAUAAAAGAGAUUACGGCGGCAAAUCGUUCAGACUGCGAAGACAAGUGCCUGAACGAGUUCUCGUUUGUAUGUCGUUCAGCAAAUUUUGACUCUACGAUGCGUUCCUGUACGCUAAGCAGAUUCACACGGCGCACGCAUCCAGAGUUAAUGGAGGACGAUGCGAAUUCGGAUUAUUUGGAAAAUACUUGUUUAAAUGCUGAACGACGAUGCGAUGGGUUGGCUGUUUUCGUUAAGGAAGAAAACAAGCGUUUGGGCGGACCAUUUGAGGUUGACAUAUUCCACAACAUGACUUUGGAGGAGUGUCAAACGAUGUGUUUGCGUGCUGAAAAGUAUUUUUGUCGUUCAGUGGAGUUUGAUGAUCAAACAAAACAGUGCAUACUCUCAGAAGAAGAUUCAAUAUCACAGAAGGAUGACAUAAGUAUAAGCUCCAGUCCAUCCCAUAAUUUUUAUGAUCUUGUUUGUCUUGAUAACCAACGUGCUACCGAUUACCCUGAUAACUCAGUCACAUCGCAUCUGUUUUCGAGCGGGCGUCGACCAGAUACUGCUUUUCAACGUUACCGCAAUUCCAGACUUGGUGGUGAAUUUCAUUCUGAGAUAACAGGACGUUCACUAAGCGAGUGCUUAGAUGAAUGCCUAAGGCAAACUAGCUUCCAAUGCAGAUCGGCUGUGUACAGUGAUCGCUUUCGUACUUGCCGCUUGAGCCGGUACAAUCAAAAGGAUGGCAUGCGCAUUAUAUAUGAUGCCGAUUACGAUUACUACGAGAAUUUAAUGCUGAAUGUUGUUGGUGGUGGAGAUGAUGGCCACAGUGGUACUGGUACAAAUAAUGGCCAUCGACCUGGUGACCAAAGUGGAACAAAUUGGCGCCCACCAAACAAAGAUGAUGAUCGUUACGGUGGUAAUCGCUUUGGGCAAAAUAGUGGUGGCAAUGACGUCGGGCGACCAUAUGAUCGCUAUCCUGAAACAAAUCCUAAUGAUUACGAUCGUGAUCGAUAUGGAGGCGAUAGAGAUCGAGAUCGUGGACGUUAUCCAACCGGUGGUGGAGGCGUAUAUGAUGAUGAACGUUACCCUCCAGAUACAGAUCGUAAUCGUUUUCCUGCAGAUCGUGAUCGUGACCGCGAUCGUGAUCGUUAUCCAGACAGAGGAGCUGGACGUUAUCCAGAUGAUGAACGUUAUCCUCCCCGUGAUCGAUACGCUGAUCGUUAUCCCGAUAGAUUUGGUAGUGAUGGUGAUCGUAAUCGUGAUCGUGAUCGUGAUCGUUAUCCAGAUCGAUACCCAGAUCGCUUUCCAGAUACUUAUGGUGAUCGCGAUCGGGAUCGUGAGCGUUAUCCAAAUGAUGGUAGAUAUCCGUCGCAAGAUCCUUAUCGACCAUACCGCCCAUUAGACCGCUUCCCACCUAUAAGGGAUAACAGCUUACCAAAUGAUUUGCCGCAUACACGUCCAUAUCCACCUGGUGAAGAUAAUUUAUAUAGACCCUAUGGACAAAGUGGUGGUUACCCAGAUGAUCGUUAUGCAAAUCGCUAUCCAUCGCGCUAUCCAACUACUCGUGAACCAAUUGGUGGUUACAGUGGGCGAGAUGCGCCUGAUAACAUAUUUCCUGAUAGACGUUUUCGUCCUUCAUCAUAUGAUUCAAGAAGGUAUCCACUUAUACGUGGCGGCUCUGUACGUUAUGAUGCAGAUGGUCGAUAUCCAACUGAUGACAUAGUACAUAGUGCACACAGACCUGAACCUGAUUCAGUAAAGCGUUUUCCACCAGCACCACUUGUGCCACCAUUAACAUCUAACAAAUAUCCAACUUCUCCAAAUCGAUUCCCGGUAGGUAAUGAUCGUUAUCCAAUCGACAUAUACAAAUAUGGUAAUCGAUUUGGUGCCAGCGGUGUCGAACGUCCAGGUUAUGAUCGACCUCCACCCUAUUACGAUCUAGAAUAUGAAGAUCGUUAUGAUGACAGAUAUGGUCGUCCAUAUGAUCGUGAGUAUGAUGUGCCGAUAGGUCGACGUCCAAUUGCAAAUGGUGGUUAUCCACCAUUCGAAAGUCCUUUCAACCGUCCAUACCAUGGUGGAGCCUUACCACCAUUAGCAGAUGAUCGUCCAUUACCGGGUGGCAUACCACCACCGCCUGGGUCACAUUACGGUGGAGGACUUGGCGGGGGUGGUGCACCACGACCGCCAAUAACACGUUGUGAAGAGAGUGAUAACUUUAAACAAGUUGCAGCAAGGCAUAAAAUGCGCAGACAUUUUGUGCGUCGUGCUUUAACUGUGCCAUCUUUGAUACAAUGUGAACGUGAAUGUAUUGAAAGUAGAGAUUUCGUAUGUCGCAGCUUUAAUUACAGAGAUGCUGCAGCUUCUGGUUAUGACGAACGCGAUUCACCCAACUGUGAAUUGAGUGACAGAGAUUCACGUGAGUUAGAUGUACAUGAUCCAAAUUCAUUUGAUAGCGCCAAUUAUGAUUUUUACGAACGUAGUUUGGGACGAAGUGACGGAGAGUGUAUGGAUGUAACCCAAACAUGCAAUGAGGAAGGAAUGGAGUUUACAAUACGUACACCAGAAGGCUUCAUAGGACGUAUUUACACCUACGGCUACUAUGAUAGAUGUUUUUUCCGUGGUAAUGGCGGCACAGUAAAUGUUUUGCGCAUAAGUGGACCACAGGGUUAUCCAGACUGUGGAACACAGCGAUAUGGCGACACCUUAACCAACAUUGUUGUUGUACAAUUUUCUGAUAAUGUGCAAACAAGUCGUGAUAAACGUUAUAACUUAACGUGCGUUUUCCGUGGACCUGGAGAGGCAGUUGUCACAUCUGGUUAUAUUGGGGCAGGUCUUAUUAAUGAUGAUAGAUCUGGCAGCCCGAUACCAAUAGAGUAUCUGCCCGCCGAAAACACCUUAAGCUCUAAGGUACGUUUGAUGAUUUUGUACCAAGGCAGACCAACGACAACAAUUGCAGUUGGUGACCCACUCACAUUCCGUUUGGAAGCACAAGAUGGAUACAAUCAUGUGACAGAUAUUUUCGCAACAAAUGUCGUAGCUAGAGAUCCAUAUUCAGGACGUAGCAUACAGCUCAUCGAUCGCUUCGGUUGUCCGGUGGACCCUUAUGUAUUUCCUGAAUUGGACAAAUUGCGUGAUGGCGAUACGUUAGAGGCACGUUUCAAUUCGAUUAAUCAAAGCAAAGCAGUGAAUCCAAAUUCCACACUUUGA